AUGGAGCCGACUGAAGACGCUGUUGAUGGAGCAGAGCCAGGUAAUGAUCAACCAGCACCAUGUUCUCUACCAAAGGAUCAGAGCAAGGCUGAAGAGAGUGAACCCACAAUGCACACUCCUCAUGGCAAUUCAGAAGCCGAUCCAAACGCACCGCCCGUGCCUCUCAACGACCGCUCGACGCGGGAUCCUGAGCAUGCGACCGAACAAGAAGCCUCUGGCAUCAAGACAUCAGAUGCAGAUGGCGAGAAUCUUCGGGAGGAUGCAGCAGAAAGUCUGGGCCUGGGAAAAAGAUUGAAGCUUCUACGCAAGAACCUGGCAGCUCUAGAGAAAGUCCUCGGCCCUGAGGCUACCACCGACGCUGAAGACGAUCACUCCAGCGUUUCAAGUGAGCCUGGCGACCGCGGCACGAAGCAGCUCAAGUCCAUUCCUGAGUACAAUUUGACGAGCUUGGAAAGCUACAAGGAGCGGCAUGAGAAGGAUUCAUUCUCCUUCGGCAAGAAACAUCACACAAUCGACGUUGUCAUGGCAGCAGGCUGGCCGCCUCCCAAGGGAUCAGACAAUAUCGAAACAGCUAAUGAGGACCGAAGCAACACUGAGCACUCGGCAAGGUUUAUACAGAUCAACUCGCAGGCCCUCUGUGCCGUCCUCCACGAGACUUGUCGGUCUGGCGACGAAUCGCAAACGUCCUCACCGCCAUCGACGCCUCUCAUAAUGCUUGCACCAUUCAAGCCCCUUUGCAGUCAUAUCAAGAAGCUGAAAAUUCGAUACGAGAAGCUGAAAAUUCGAUACGAGAAGCUCAAAACGAAGUAUCAAGGCAUGAAGUGGGAGAAAGCUGGUUUACAAAGUGUCGAAUCGCAUGCCCCUGAGGCAUUGGAGCAUCCUCCUGACGCACCAGAACGAGAAGUUUCAAGUGAGACAACUACAAACCACAAGGAUGAAGCCAAGUGGCGAAGCUCUGCGUAUGCCGUAUCUUGGUUGGGCUACAAGGGCUUUCUACGCUUCAAGGCAAACCUUCAUUGGCUACAGUGGGCCGAGUCGACGGUCGGCGAAAGACUGGAUACUUUUUCUCACAACAUUGACCAGAUACACACCAUCGAGCGUACCAUCGAAGAGUCUCCUGUGGUGGCCAUGAAGCUUGGCGCAGGCUCGUACAGCUAUGAGUUUCUGUUUACGGACGCAGACAAUGCUCAAAGCGAACUUGACGAGCUUUCGUCAGCACUGGUAUACCUGGUGAAGCGAGAGAAAGCUUUAAAGCUCGCUCGAAAUGCCGAAGCGCCCUCCGGUUCGGAGACUGUCAAUCUUGAAGCAUCCGCCGCGACCGAAGAUGUCGAUAGACUGAUGGACUCAGCUAAGUCACAAUGCGUGACAGGCGAGAAUAAGUUGCAGAAAGUAACGCAGAAAGUUCAUUGGAAUGCCCUGGGCAUUGCCGAGUGGCAAAUGCUGGACAUAAAAUACGACGACAGCGCCGACGUGAAGUCCGAGCUCACAGAUGACGAUCGAGCCUCUGACGGCUACAAAGCCUUUGAGGACUUACAGUGUCUGAUCAGGUUCUUUGACAAGUACCUCCAGUCCGCUGAAGAAGCUCUGUCGAGUAAGCGGGUGCAAAGUAUUCGAUAUGGAGAUCUAUGUUCGUUCUUCCGGCCUGGAGAUAACGUGUACAUACCGGACGAUCACCACAAGGUCUGGCGAGUCGUGUCUGUUACUGGUGGGCGCCCCAACUUGGAGCAUCUCCUAUCUGAGCAGUUCAGUCCCAGCGGUCAAUCAACUUCCAAGACUAGCGAUUCAUCGAAACGACCCAAGCAAGACAGCAAAGAAGAUAGUACAGAGAAGGCUUCUGAGCCUCGUAAGAAAACGGCUUCGGAGUCUCAGAAAUGGUCUACACUCUGGCUAGAUGCAUAUUACAUCGAUUUCGAUGGUAAGAAGCUUGACACAGUUCGCAGACAAUUCUCAAUCGCCUUCUUCCCAGGAGCCAGGGAAAUCAGGUCUCUGAAAGCAUACCCCUUGCAGUGGUUGAGGCAUGCAAAUCCCCCAGGGUCCGAAAAGAUUCUCAAGGACAUUGAAUCCACUGGAAAGCGAUUUGUCGACUAUUGUCUCUCGAAAAGGGAUUCUGAGAAGUUACUGUACUACGACGGCCGCACCAAUGUCUACUCGCCGAGCGGCGUGGAGCUCCAAGAACGUGUUAGUGACCUCUAUGCCACCAAUUCAAGACGAGUGAGGUCAGAAGAUGUGUCGUCCAACGUUGUCGUCGAUUUUGACAAAACUUUUCAAUACAAUCCAAGCUGGAAACCCGACUUUUCGCGACUGGGCAUCAUGGAGUAUGAUUUUUGGGAGAGAGCUGUGCCCUCAGAGAUGUCUCCGACAACAAAGUCGUUUGUUGAGGAUCAUUGUAGAUGGGAUGGGGAUCUUGAAGAGUCCGAAAGGGACGAAUAUUUCAAGGACGACAUUUGGGUCCAGCGUCACGACGAUGAGACUUCCAGCGGCGCUGACCGUCUAGAGGAGAACGACUUUGAAUUGCUUCCUGCAAAGGUCUUUGGCUACGUGCUCCGGACGCGGUCAUGGGCCUGCCUUGACAUUCACGCCGAUCGAUUGAAGAGGGUGAGAGAAAGCAGCACGGCGUGGGACGAGCUGCAGCUGCCAGACGGACAUAGAAGAACGUUGCAAUCGCUCGUGAAGCGCCAUUUCGACUCCAAAGAGGCCGCUCUCAACUCAGAACGGAGUAACGAUUUUGACAUUAUCCAAGGCAAAGGAAGAGGUCUGAUUGUUCUGCUCCAUGGUGCUCCUGGAUUGGGCAAGGCACCAGAGAGUAUUGCUGCUCUGUACAAGAAACCACUUCUUCCCAUCACCUGCGGCAAUCUUGGUCUCGAUGCCUUGGCUGUCGAAAGCGCCCUCUCUGAAAACUUUGAGCUGGCUCAAGCAUGGGAUUGCAUUGUGCUACUCGAUGAAGCGGACGUCUUUCUUGCCGAGAGAGAUGACUCAGAUCUUGAACGGAACGCCCUUGUAUCCGUUUUUCUCAGAACUUUGGAGAACUACAGCGGCAUCCUGUUCCUUACAACGAACCGUAUCGGGGCCUUCGACGAAGCCUUCCGAUCUCGGAUACACAGUGCACUCUUUUACAAGGAGCUUGACCAGGAGAAAACCGUCGAGCUAUGGAGAUCCAACCUCAAUCGUCUCGUGAGACAGAAAGAGGAACUGAAGCAGCCGUUCAAGCUUGACGACAGCGACACCGAAACGAUCAUCCAAUAUGCUUCUCAGAUUUGGGAGGUGUACACCAACUUUGAGCGGCCUCCAUGGAAUGGUCGAGAGAUCAGGAAUGCGUUCCAAACUGCAGUUGCACUCGCCGAGUACAAAGCUCACGAGGAGAACGAACGUAAGAAUGAAAAGGUCGAAACGAGGAAUCAGCCAGACGCCCUUCCGACAUUGACUUGGGAGAACUUCAGAUCCGUCAUUCUCGCCUCUCAGGAUUUUAAGAUGUAUAUUCAGCAGACACAUGGAGAGACAGACUACAGUCGCCAGGCCAGGAAGAAGGCUAGAAAAGAUACGUCCGUUCACAGCGAGCACGACAACUUCCGCCGAGCAUACCAAAGACAACGAGCACAAGCAUUCUCUAUAGCACUUGCAAACGUCCGGCCAGGGACAAUCUUUCUGCCGGAGUUGCACCCUCAGUCCGCUCCACGGCGCGAAAACAUCUUCGCAGGAACAGCGCCUGGCCCUGGGCAUCUGGCGAAGGCACCAACAUAUAACGAUAUGAUAGCAUCGAGUCACCAGCCGCAACCUCAUGAGUAUCCAACCACUGCAAACAAUCGCAGCAUGACUGCAUCUGGUUCUUAUCCGACCCAGCCUGGAAUGUACCCACAGCAAGCCCAACAGCACCAGUCGGGCUGGCAGCAGCAGGGACCCUCUCCUGCAUUCGCACAGUCCACAGCAGCAGUGGGCACGUACUCUGCGUCAACACAAAUGUACGGUGGUACAGCGAUUCCACAACAGCAGAGUGCAAACUUCGCCCCUCCUCCCAGUUUUCCUGGUUUUGCACAAUCUGCAGCGCCUGUUACACCUCAGCAUGGGCAUUAUCAAUACACUCAGCAAACGCAAGGACCGUCGCCGCUGGGACAGCAUUCAGCACAUCCUUCUGCGAAUGGCUUUCGAGACUCGAACCAGCAACAAGCUCCUGGUACUCCGUCGCCUGCGCCAAUUAAUCACACGGUAUCACAAGCUGCAAUGUGA